UAGGCGGCGGCGGCGGUUGUGCGUACGAGCGCCGCCGAGCGCGUCUCUUUGAAAUCCAUUCAAUCUCGUCCGCCGCCGCCGCGACGGGCGUGGCCUCCUCCAACGUUACCCCCACCCACCGCCGAGCUCUAUAAAUACCACCCGACCCGGACCGGCCGCCGCAGUUGCAGUACACCGUUCUACUCUUUCAGACCACGUCUGUCACUGUAAUCGUAAUAAUAUUAUUUUAUUAUCAUCAUCGUCUAAAAGCGAAGAAUCGAUCGACUGUAUUUUCACUCAUAGCAAUCUUAAAAAAAAUAUCAAAUCGUCGCCGUUUAUAGCGCACAGUGCUCUCGUGUGUGUUUUUUUCGUCGCGUUCUACAGUUUUUGACCGUCUACACGCACCGGGCGUAUAUAUUUCUACACGAGUUCCGUUCGUUUCGUUUUGUUUCGUUUCGUUUCGCUUCAAUUCGACGACAGCGACCAUGAAAUCCAUACCAAUGUGCCGCAAUAACAACAACAGCAGCAGCAAUAACAGCAACAACAACGGAGGUUCGACCGUACCCACGGUGGCCGGCGGCCGUGUGCAACGCAAGCGCGGCGACCUGGAAGACGAGAAGAUCCAAAAGUAUUUGUCCAAGCUCAAGGAUCUGGUACCGCUCAUACCCAAGGACAAGCGGAUAUCCCGACUGGAGGUGAUCCAUCACGUGAUCGAUUACAUAUGUGACCUGGAGGAUAUGCUGGAGAACCACAGGUCGGUGAACGCGGACGCCGUGCACUCGGCCGCCGCGGCUGUCAUGCUUUCGUCCUCGGUGGCCGCUGUCCGGCAGCCACUGGGCAUCAUAUCGACGCCAAACGCGCUGGCCGCCGCCGCCGCAGCCGUCGCCGUGGCCGCACAGCCGCAAUCGUCCUCCGAAUCGACAAUGUCCCCUUCUUCUCGGACACAAGACAAGCUGUCGAGUUCGUCAGACACGAGGGCCGUUAGCUGUUAAACAAAACAAUCGACAAUAAUAUUAUAGAGACAUACUAUAUUAUAUAUUAUUAUAUUUUUUUUCGAAAACAACACACAAUAUAAUAUUAUACUAAACAGAAAAAGAAUAAAAAAAACGUCGCCCAUCCACGCCGCAGCAGCCAGUGACGAGUACCGUACCGAGAAAUACCGUUUGUCGAACAUACAUAUAAUAAAUAUUAUAUACGUAUGUAUUAUAUAUUAUACAAAUACAUAAUAAAUAGAUAUUAUAAAAGUAUAAAUAUAUAUGGAAAGAGAGAGAGAGAGAGAGAGAAUUCGUUAUGUAGACACACACAUUCCAAAUAGAUUCGACAUCUCUCGGGACUCUUAGGUUCCGUUUCGCGGAAAAGUGCGUUUUUCUCACCCCCAUCCCCCCC